AUGUUACUGAGAAGUCUUGUUGUUUCUGAUCUUGGUGUGGGUUUGCUUGUGCAGCCUUUUUACGUAGCACUGAUGGUCAUGACGCUACAAAAACAGCAGGCAACAUGUAUUACUUACUCUGUCUUUGCUGUUGUUGUAUACAUUUUUUCCGGAGCUUCGUUUCUGAGCAUCAUAUGUGUAAGCGUGGAUGGAUUCUUGGCAAUACGGCUGAAUUUACGGUACCAAGACCUUGUGACUUCCAAACGUGUCACUGUUGCAGUGAUCUUAGUUUGGCUGUUAUGUUCCACAUCAUAUCCAUUAAUGUUCGCUAUACUUCCACCGAGAACUGUUCACAUUACAUUCGUUUCACUCGGGUUAGUCUGCAUUCUACUUAAUUCUAUGGUGUUUUUGAACAUCUAUUUCAUCGUGCGACGCCACAGCAGACAGAUUCAAGCUCAGAUACAACAGCUGUCGCAGAAUGGUGCAAUGUCAAAUACUGCAAAGUACGGAAAAUCUGCACUUAGUUUGUUUUAU